UCUUAAUAUUUUACUUCUCACUUGUGGAUAUAGGGCGAACCGGGUUUCCUUCUGGCUAAUCAACUUAUUGGAAGGGCAUUGAGAAUUAAAGGGGCAUCGGUUCAUUGGUAUGACAAACCUGAAAUGAGAAAGCAAAGAAAGAUGGGUCACAUCACGAUUGUAGGCCCCUCCAUGGGCAUUGUUGAAUCUCGGCUAAAAUUCAUGCUGACAGAAAUAUUGGAUGGACAGCCUGCAGUGCUUCCUACUGCAGCUGCACCUCGUGUUGGAAUCAUCAUGGGCUCGGAUUCAGAUCUUCCUGUUAUGAAGGAAGCUGCAAAGAUUUUAAGGGAGUUUGAUGUUCCUGCAGAGGUAAGAAUAGUUUCAGCUCACCGGACUCCUGAAAUGAUGUUUUCUUACGCUUUGUCUGCUCGGGAGCGCGGUAUCCAGGUUAUCAUUGCUGGUGCUGGUGGUGCCGCUCACUUGCCAGGCAUGGUGGCUUCAAUGACACCCUUGCCCGUGAUUGGUGUUCCUGUACGUGCUUCUACAUUGGAUGGACUCGACUCCCUCUUGUCAAUUGUUCAGAUGCCCAGGGGUGUCCCUGUUGCAACAGUAGCAAUAAAUAAUGCCACAAAUGCAGGUUUGUUGGCUGUAAGAUUGCUAGGAAUUAGUGACAUCGACUUGCAAGCAAGGAUGGCUCAAUACCAAGAAGAUAGAAGAGACGAAGUCUUGGUAAAGGAUGAUAGGUUGGAAAAGGGUGGCUGGGAAGAAUACUUGAAUUCUUGAUGUUUUCCACACUUAGCUGAAAUGUCAUCUUUCCUCCCACUCACCACGAGAAUCCAUUUCAAGAACUGCGAGAGAUAAUUGGAAAAAAGGGGGAAAAAAUAUCAUGAUGUGAUGGUGCAUCUCUUGAAUCAGAAUUGCAUCUUCAACCAGCACAAAAUGGUUUCAUGGAUUCACAUUCGAUGCUCCUAAUGCAGGUUAUUAUUUUCUUUGCUUGUAGCUUCACAUAUUUAACGUACACGGUUUUUUCUUUUAGCCGUGGAAUUUUUUUGGAAUAUGGUUCUUGAGUGUUCUAUGUUGUUAGUCACGAAUCAAUUGCAUGGGGUUUGCACUUUGUACUAAUCAAAAUAAUUUUAUUUCAAUGAUGAACUUGUUUUCAGAA